AUGACGAUCCUCGAGACAUCAAAUUCUUCUAGCGCUACUCAAUCCAAUGCGCUGUACAAGGCACCUUUUCCAUGCGCAACGGGCGGGCACUUGUCAAGGAAAGUUAUUCCUCCUAGUGUUCCAUCUCCACCACCCCCACGCAGAAACGACCAUCGAACUCCCGAGUCUUCGCACCAAAAUACAAUGAUACAGAAUUCAAGCCGGUGGAUAUUCACAGAGGAAGAAGUUCUAAGUUCGCCAUCAAUUCGUGAUGGCCUUGACCCAGUUGAGGAAAGAUGUCGGAGAGCGAAGGGUGUUAACUUUAUCACUCAAGCUGGCAUCCUCCUCAAACUUCCGCAGCUAACUAUAGCAACUGCAAGUAUCUUCUUUCAUCGCUACUUUAUGCGACAGACUAUGCUUCCUGAAAAAGGUGGCGUUCACCACUAUAGCGAGGACGCAGAGCUGACGUUUGAACGGAAUAUCGCCGCUACUUCCCUAUUCCUCGCGACCAAAACAGAAGAAAACUGCCGUAAGACGCGCGAAAUUGUUGUCGCUGUCGCCAAGGUGGCCCAGAAGAACCCAUCCCUCAUUAUCGACGAACAAUCAAAAGAGUAUUGGAAAUGGCGUGACAGUAUAUUGUUACUUGAGGAGCAUAUGCUUGAACUUUUGACUUUUGAUCUUGUCGUGCAUACACCGCAUACUAGCCUACUUCGCUACCUAGAAACUCUCGGAAUUGAAGAAAACAAGUCCCUACGGAAUUCGGCUUGGGCUUUUCUCAACGACAGCUGUAUGUCGCCACUAUGCUUAACCAUGCCAGCACCGGAUAUAACAAUAGCUGCCAUAUACUUUGCCGUCAAACUCAAUAAUGAGACUCUGCCUGACUUUGACAACGUACCAUGGUGGCAAUACAUUAAUGGAAACCCUGAAAAAAUUGUCAAGGCUGUCACAAUAGUUGAUCGCUUCUGGACCGAGAAUCCUCUUAAAAAAAACGAUCGACCCUUUGGGAGCUCACCAUCUUCGCAAGCCGAUCUUGAUAGGACUCGCCGCCGAGGAUCAGACGUUCCAAGUAGCAUAGGCUACGAUUACUCAGAAACUGGUGGCGAAUCGCGCCGCUCACAAAACUUGCCGAAUUCUCAGCAUACAUUGGACGGCCAGGGUUCCUUCAAGAGUGAUCUCACUCCCACUAGUAUCAUCAAUGGAAAUUCCAGAGAAAAGUUAACAAAUGGAAACUGCAAUGACUCGAAAUCGGAAAACAACGAAAUAUAUAGUUUGCAGAAAUCUGAGCAGAAUAAGAACAACAUGGAACUACCUACCGAGACUGAUCAGGAUCAACUUGAUGACAACAUAGAAAUGAACAAAUCUACCUCUUCUAGACUAGGGAAUAAUCCAAAUGAUGAUUCUUCCAUUGCUGAACGUGAUUCUAGGCCUAGUCCUCCUAAACGAAGGCUCAACGAACAAACACCAGAAGAAUCUCAGGUAAAGCGGCUAAAAUUAAACGAUGUCACAAUGGAAGAUGAAAAAAUGCAGUAA